UUUGUGCAGAAGGAGAAACUAACCUAUAAAUUUUUGUUCUGCUUCUGCUUUUGAAAUAGCAGUCUAUUUUAGUAUUUUUGUGAAUCUUUUUUAAAUUUAAAAUGUCUUUUGAUACUAAUUGGGAUGUUGAAAAAUAUAAAUCUGAAUUUGAUGCAGAAGAUCAUUGGAACCUCAGGAAGUCGUUCCUGCUUGCACAUAAGGACAAGUAUCCUGAAGAAAAGCUGAUAUGUUUGGCUCAAGUCUUUUACAAUGUAGAAUUUCUUGGAUGCAAGUACCCAGACAAAACGAUGAAACUCGUCGAAGAGCUUUCGAAAGAUAUAGCAGCCGAACACCGCGAGGAGAAAAAGUCGAAAUUACAGCGGACAUUUGUGACUGCAUCGGACGCUGCCGGUGCUAGAGUCAAGGGAACCAAGCAUAUUAAGUGAAAUUUCCAUGUAUUUCAAACAAUAAUUACAGUGCAGUUGAAGUUCCACAAACUAAGAUUACAUUUAACAUAUAAAGAAAAGAUUCAAUUUUUGUAAUUUAAACGGGAUAAAAUAUGUAAGUUGGAUCGAGAUCAGUCUUAAGCCCGGUCUAGACGCUCAAGUUUAGCUUCAGUCUUUUGCUCCAACAAAAGUCGGAGCAUGUAAGUCGUUGCGUCUGGACGGUAAAACGGAUGGGUCUUCAAGCUUAAGUCGUCAAACUCAAAAUGUAUCGGCCGGGAAUCUUUUUCCAUCAAACCGUCCGUCUUUUGCCUAUCCACCAAAACCUAAAUCGCAUAAAAAUGGAAGAAGAGAAAUUGUGAUAUCAGAUUCGGAUUCAGCGCCCUCAAAUUAAUAAAAUGCCUCGCGAGUACUUGAAAAUAAGCAAGUUAUUUUUAUCAAUUGUAUAUAACGUCAUUUAAUCAUUUUUUUCUUUCUUGAUUCUCAUGAUACUCUCAGAAUUUGAUGUUGAUAUUAUGAUUUACCAUCAUGAUAUAUUAAGAUGUACUAUAUUGUUGAUAAGAAUACUAUCUACAAAAUUUCAAUCCAUUUACAAUCACUGUGUCUCGAGAUAUGACAUGUAAACAAAGCCAUUUAGCGAUUAACAGUAAUAUUUUUGUCAUUAUGUUGUUAAAUAUAACAUUAUCCAGUUGAAUCAGCGAAAAAAAUACGAGUACUAGCUCUUCCAUAGUUGAUGACGAACUGAGCUUGUGAGCACAAAAAUAGGAAAACGGACGACAUAAGACGGAUGCGUGUGGACGCAAUUUAAUACCGUCUUUUGCUUGAACCAAACGAUCCGUCAUUUGGUUGAGCAAAAGACUGAUGGCAUACUUGAGCGUCUGGACCGGGCCUUAAAAAUAUAUUUACGUUACUUGAGAUAAGGUCGUUUGCACAGUAUACAUUUGAAGUAAGUCGAAACAGUUGGUUGAUUCAACUUGAAAUCCGUUUCACACUCUGAGUUUAUUGAUUGAUUCUUUAUCACAAAGGAAGAGUUCAUAUAUUAAAUUGUUUUAGACGAAGUGCUCGUAAAAGAUGGAACAUUCUGAAAUACACUGAGAUUCGGUUGA